AUGGAGCAUAAAAAGGCAAUUCAAGGGUUUUAUGUUGGCGAGAGGGUGUUAUACCACCCGGUGGGCAGUGUUUCUUCGGCCUCUGUUGGCCGCAUAACCCAGAUCCUGACAGACCCGGAGCUGGUGGGCCAGGAGCGCCCUGUGACUAUUCACGCCGAUCCCUGCCAUCCGAGAAUCGUAAUACAAAACGAGCAUACCGGAAAGAAAACCGCCUACCGACCCGAGUCGAUCAUUAGAAAGGUGAAUGAAACCGAGAGCUUUCCCAAAGGCUUUGGCAUUGCCGGCAUUUCGGAGUUGGAAACCGAAGAGGGUCGGCAUAUUCCAAUGGAGUAUCCGCAACCGCGAAAAGUACAUGGGUCCCCGUCGCCUGGACAGCGCGUUACCUAUCACCCUGUUGGGGCGUCUCCGGUAACGUCGACCGGUCUUGUUGUUGAUGUGAUCACGGAGCCGAGAAUUGUGAUGGCCGGAGAUAGAGGGGAAAUAACCGUGCAUGCAACCGAAAAACACCCAAGAAUUGUGAUCAGAAACGAUCACACUGGGAAAGAGAUCCCAUACCCUCUAGAGUCUUUGGUCUCCGUCGAAUAA